AUGGUCACCCACGAACACCACACAGUGGUCAGGGCUUUUGAUCUAGCCAUCGACGACGUACUUCGCCCUAUGGGUAUGGAUGAAAAAGUCUUGACUUAUGCAGGAGUUGAUAUCGAUGUCGAUGGUAUAUCUAAACAGCCUGAUUGGGGAUGGGGCCCUAGAAGACCCCCGCUAGGCCAACCUAGAAGACGACCUACAGUUGUGAUAGAAGUGGCAAUGUCAGAGACUAGGGCAAAGCUGCAUAGAGACGUUGAGCUUUGGGUUGACCCCGAAAGGGGUAACAUGAAUAUUGCCUUCACAGUGAAAGUAAAUCGCAACUGCGCUAUUAUCACUAUUGGGAAAUGGGAGUGGGACUAUGCAAAUAAUCAAGCCCGAAUGUCUCAGGAAAUAGAAAUUCACAAAAACGAAGCUGGAGACCACGUCACAGUUUCCGGCGCACCUCUAAUCAUUCCGUUCAAUCUCCUAUUCCUGCGAUAUGCAAUCCCUCCUAAGGAGACUGAUUUGACUAUCAAAGGCGAAAAGUUCGAAUAUAUUGCAGAUUUAGUGUGGGAACUCCAGUUUGCAGAUUUCUGA